AUGACAGGUCCAAGGCGAUCACCCACAUCCCCGUGGGUACAGACUGCACAAGGAUACUCCCACGAUGUUAAGACCACUCAGCCUUACCACCCAAUCCCGUCUUCAACCGCUGCUAUGCAUCACAAUAUGCUCUCAGGAUCUAGUCCUAAUUACUUCGGCCUCUCGGUCGACAACACCAGCAAUCCUCCCAGCUCAAAUCCUGGUCCGCAUGCACAAAAAAACUGGGGUGCAUUCUCAAAAGCACAGUCUACCCUUCCCAGCCCAAAAUUACAACUCUACCCCGAGGCUUCCGUUUCAGAGGGUCUAGCCAGCUUACUGAGAACCGAGUCACAGUCCGACAAAAGUCGACAUGAAUCUGCUCUUCAAGAUCACCGUGACCGGGUGACCAGUUGGGCUCAAGGGGCCUCAAGUGGACGUGGACUCGCCUCUCAAAAGACACCGAUGGCUGCUUCGCUAGAAUCAGCUUACGACUCAUCUCAUUGGACUACGCCCGAACGUUGUGCUGAGUUUAUUAAAUCAUCUUUGCGAAAUGUCCUGCUACUAGAUGUUCGUCCCUACGCUCAUUUUUCUCAAGCCAACAUCAAAGGUUCUUUGAAUUUAUGUAUUCCUACAACGCUUCUAAAACGUCGGUCCUUCGAUACUCAAAAGCUUGAAGCAACAUUUACCAAUGAUGGUGAUAAGCAGAAGUUUGCUCGAUGGAAGGAUUGUAGUACCAUCAUCGUUUAUGAUUCUGCCACCUCGGAAGUGAAAGAUGCGGCUCCUCUUUUCAAUGUCAUCAAUAAGUUCCAAGCGGAAGGCUGGACGGGUGAAGGGUUGAUUUUGCGGGGUGGCUUUAAGAAUUUUUCAAUCCAAUUUGCUGGGUUGAUCUACCGACCACACGCUGAGAAAACAGAUCCAACCCCCAAAAAACGGUCUCCCAUGAGCAUAAGCCUUCCCUCUGUGGCUCCUGUUGUCGGAGGUUGUGCUUUACCGGAGUCAUCAUCAGCAAUGAAUCCAUUUUUCUCAAAUAUUCGACAGAAUAUGGAUCUCGUAGGAGGUGUGGGCCAGGUUCCUUUGAAGCUGCCCGAUGGUUUGACGGAAGACAAGCGACGAAAGCUUCCCACCUGGCUUCGAGAUGCCUCUGACUCCAAAGACCAAGGAAGAUUAGUCUCAAACAAAUUCCUAGAUUUGGAGAAGAGGGAAUUGGAGCGCAUGAGACAGGCAUUGUCUUACGAAGCAUCCUCAGGUUCUACUGGUGGCGCUUCAAAGAAAUACCGCGUCGCAGGUAUUGAAAAAGGUACAAAAAAUCGCUACAACGAUAUCUACCCAUUUGAUCAUACACGAGUUCGACUUGAAGGUAUUCCCUUAGGAGGCUGCGACUAUGUGAAUGCCAAUCAUAUAAAGGCCGAGUUCAGCAAUCGCCGAUACAUCGCUACUCAAGCACCGGUACCUGAUACAUUCAAUGACUUUUGGCGCGUUGUUUGGGAGCAAGACGUCCGAGUCAUCAUCACUUUGACUGCAGAACUCGAAAGAGGACAAGUCAAAUGUCAUCCAUACUGGCAACCAGGUGAUUAUGGACCAUUGAAGGUCAAAUCAUACACGGAGAAAAGAAUUUUUGUGGAAACUAAAGACCAACGACCCAAAUCAUCUCAACCUCACUCGGUACCAGGCGAGCAAACACAAUGCCCAGACGAGACCAAUGAAAACCCAGUCAUUAUUGUGCGGCAUUUUAGCCUUUACCACUCACAUUUUCCCUUCUUACCUAUACGGGAUAUCACCCAGCUUCAAUAUCCCUACUGGCCUGACUUUGGAACAACCUCUCAACCCACACAUUUGCUGAAUUUGAUCGAACAGUGCAACAAAGUCGUGCGCUCCACCAGCAACCCCAGCUAUGGUAGUCACGAGCCUGAACCUACCGGCCAGAGACCGAUCUUGGUGCACUGCAGUGCUGGCUGUGGGCGCACUGGAACUUUCUGUACAGUUGAUAGCGUACUUGACAUACUGAAACGGCAGCGAGCGCAGGGCGCACACUCGGUGGAAUCUCCCCAGUGGACUCGAGACUCGAACCUCGAUCUGAUUACUAAGACGGUGGAAGACUUCCGGACCCAGCGACCAAGCAUGGUACAGAAUCUCAGCCAGUUCGUGCUCUGUUAUGAAAGUGUGCUUGAAUGGCUUGUCUCGCGGGCAAACGAGGACAAUACCUGA